UGCCUGCAGCCUUCAAUCUGUUCAAACAGAGAAUCCCAGAGACUGUUUGGGGCCACGAUGGGCGGAAAGUGCAGCUUCUGGGAGGGACCCGCCAGUGCCUGGGGUGAGCUGUCUGCAUGAGUUGGCAGGGUGCUGUGGAGCUGCUUCCAUCUGCAAGUUGUUCGCCACUUAUGCUGCGUCCACAUCAACGAUGACUACAAAACUAUUAAUAUUGAAAGUAAGGACAGCAGCUGCAUACUAUGCAUCAGACGCAUGCGUUCUCCAGCAGGAAGAAGGCACAGCCAGCAAAACAAGCUGUUUGUGGUGUUUGAUCUGACUUCUUUGUAAUACUUCGAGUGAGACUCUUCUUCUGAGGAGCAAUGAAUACACUCCGAUGUUGCUUCUUUGCUGUCCUGAUUCUCAGUGUUUCACUUUCACUUGUUUUCUAUGCUGUUAAUUUGCAUGCACAAAAAUCUCUUAGGAGACUGAACUUAUCGGCGAGUCCAGCUUUAGCAGAAGCCUGUAAAGCACUUCUUGAAGACAAGGCGCCCUUUCUGAAGGAAAAUGCUUUGAAAACAUCGUUCAGAGAAUCCAGUUGCGUGGAGUACAUCACGCAGAGCCACUACAUCACCCGCGCCCUCUCGGCCGAGGAGGCUGCCUUCCCCAUCGCCUACGUCAUGACCCUGCACAAGGACUUCGAGACCUUCGAGCGGCUCUUCAGGGCCGUCUACGCGCCCCAAAACGUCUACUGCGUCCACGUGGACGCCAAGGCGCCGGCCCCAUUCCGGCGGGCCGUGCGGCGCCUGGUGGGCUGCUUCCCCAACGCCUUCCUCGCCUCCCGGGCGGAGCGGGUGGUCUACGGGGGCGCCUCCCGCCUGCGGGCCGACCUCCACUGCAUGAGGGACCUGCUGGCCUCGGCUGUGCCCUGGCGCUACCUGCUCAACGCCUGCGGCCAGGACUUCCCUUUGAAGACCAACCGGGAGAUCGUCCAGCUGCUGAAGGGCCUCGGGGGGAAGAACGUCACCCCCGGGGUGCUGCCGCCCCCCCACAUCACCGCCCGCACCAAAUACGUGCACCGGGAGCAGCUCUACUCCUCCUUUUCUUUCGUGCUCUGGACGUUGGUGCGCAAGGCGCCGCCGCCCCACAACCUGACCGUCUACUUCGGCUCCGCGUACGUGGCCGUCACCCGGCCCUUCGUGGAGUUCGUGCUGCGGGACCGGCGCGCCGUCGACCUGCUGGCCUGGUCCGAGGACACCUACAGCCCCGACGAGCACUUCUGGGUGACGCUCAACAGGAUCCCAGGUGUCCCAGGCUCCAUGCCCAACGCAUCAUGGGAAGGUGACCUGAAAGCGGUAAAGUGGAUUGAUAUGGAAGAGAGCCAUGGAGGUUGUCAUGGCCAUUAUGUCAGAGGCAUUUGUGUAUACGGAACGGGUGACCUCAAGUGGCUUUUUAACUCCACCUGUAUGUUUGCAAACAAGUUUGAACUCAGAACAUACCCCCUGACUGUGGAGUGCCUGGAGCUGAGACAUCGGCAGAGAACCUUGUCCCAGAGUGAGGUUCAAGUGGAACCCAACUGGUAUUUUUAGCAAGCAAAACCACAGGCUACAACAUCAAUAAAAGCAGUCAAGAGAGCAGCAGCAGCAGCAAUCUUAAUGUCUGCUGUGCCAGAAGCAUAAACUCAUGAGACAGGUUUCUUUAGGAUGUUCUGUAGAUGCAGCUCAGGUUGGCUUGUCUCACACAGCCUGAAAAUCUCACCUUCCACUUAACACUCAGAGACCAGAGCUUGAGAGAUCCAAAAAGAGACACCAGGGCAAAGCUCUUCUUGUAGCUGGAGGAACUUUGCACUUUUGCCAUUUUUAACGGGCUGUUUUCCAGACCCAGUACUUUGUCUUCCCACACUGUCAUUGCUAUCUUUUUCUAUAAAAAUAUAAACAGUCAUGCACCCCUGGUACUUCUCGUGUCUAAAAGAAAAGCAUGCACAUUUGGUAAGCAAAAAGGUAAUGAGUCACAGUCAGCAAGAUCUUGAAAGCAGGAACACAACUGCUGGCUAUACAUACAGAUACGGUUUUGUCAAAGAUACUGAUAUUUACUACAGAGAACUGAUGGAAAAGUACUGGAAAUGGAGUAAAGACGCUGCACUUCCCAGAUCUUACCUGUUCUUUAAAUAUCUGUUGGGACAAGGUUUGUAAGAGAAAACAGCAUCUUUUACUAGAUCAAUGGGUGCGGUUAGAAAAAUCAGAUGGGCUUUCAGGCACAGGAGCCCUUCUCCAUGGCUGAAAAACAGGGGUUUGCGUAUUUGUCUUACUUGACCAACUGAUAGAACUGGAAAAAAUAAAAAAAAAACUCUUUACAGGCAGAUUUUGGACUACCAGUGUUCUUAGAUUGUCAUGUGUAAGGACACAGAGGGAGAAAUGGAAAUUGGGAAAGGAAAUAGCAAGAUAAAUAUUUUCAGGACUGAACGAGCAGUAACUGAGCUUUGGCAAUAACUCAGUAAUUCCGUGUCAUAUUUUGGUAUGGCAUAAGCCUUCUUCCCAAGUUUACUUCCUUUCAUCUUCAUGUAAUGGUUAAUGCACAUACUUAACCAUGGGGUUCACUUCAUCACAGCCCUAUUUUUAUUCCCCAAUAACAGCCACUAGAGGGAGGCCAUUAAAUAGCUGAGCAGAAUUUUCCUUUCCAAGUCUACAUGACCUGCUAAAGCACACAAAAUCUCAGCAGACUAGACAUGCCACAGAGAAAAAAAAAAAAAAAAAAUCAGUGCUUGGGAAUGUUUUAGUAGGGCAAACAGAAGGUAAAAAUUACAAGUAUCGGUCAUUGUGUCCUAAAAAACAAAGCAAGAAAGCAAAACUAUGAAUGCUUCUUGCUGUAGCUGUGAUGGUUGUAUUUUUGUGGCAAGUUAGCACAGUGUUGAGUGACCUAAUCAGCAGCACGAAGGCAGUAUA